GGAAGUCAUGCCAGCAGAGCAGGUAGUCGAUCUAUGAGAGACGUCAGCAGCGUAACGUUUGAGUUAUUUUAUGUCCGUUUAUAUAUCCUGUUCAGGUUUUUUUCUUAUAUUUAAGUUAAAAACGUUCACAACUUUAAACUAAUGACAAACAACCGCGCUGCUGACGGUUAGCUUAGCUGUAGCAUUAGCUUUAGCAUUAGCUGUCACAGCUCAUCAGGGACAUCCUCCAGGUGUUGCAUGAGGUCUCUGUUUGUUCAGAAUCAUGGCCAGUCCAAAUGAUCUUCAGUUUCAAGAGUUUGAAGAAGCGGCAGAGCUUCUGUCUGCAGACCCCGGAGCUUCCACCCUCAGUAUGUCUGCCUCCAACACCAACAACACUACAGGAGGAGGAGGCGCAGGAGAGGAGGUGAAACUGGACCUGUCGGAGGACGAGGAGGGCCAGGAGGAGAGUUCAGAGCUGUUAGCAGGACAGAAAGCCAGCGGGGGAUUCUGGACCUUUGAGUACUAUCAGUCCUUUUUUAACGUCGACACAGUGCAGGUCCUGGACAGAGUGAAAGGCUCCGUGAUGCCGUUACCAGGAAAGAACUUUGUCAAACAUCACCUCAGGAGCAACCCCGACCUUUAUGGUCCGUUCUGGAUCUGUGUGACCCUGGUCUUCUCCGUCGCGAUCAGCGGGAACUUGUCCUCCUUCCUGAGUCAGAUGGGAAACCCCGAGUAUCACUACAGACCGCAGUUCCACAGAGUGACCAUAGCUGCAAUCAUCAUCUUCAUGUACGCCUGGCUGGUGCCCAUCGGCCUAUGGGGUUUCCUGACCUGGAGGCAAGGGACGGAGAGGCAGGUCGGAGGAUAUUCCUUCCUGGAAACAGUGUGUGUGUACGGCUACUCGCUCUUCAUCUACAUCCCCACGUCGGUUUUGUGGAUCAUACCGUUCGAGUGGCUACGCUGGGCGUUGAUCCUGGUUGCCAUGGUGAUUUCUGGCUCUGUCCUGGUCCUCACCUUCUGGCCCGUUGUCCGCGACGACACCAAGGUGAUGGCGAUGGCCACGGUCGCCACCAUCGUGGUUCUGCACGCGCUGCUGGCCGUGGGCUGUAAGAUGUAUUUCUUCCAGACAGCCGCACAUAUACCGACAGCCCCCCUCACUACAGCCCCCCCGGCUCACACCACACUGGUCACCAAAGCGCACUAACAUCAGGGAGGACAAGGAGGAGCUGAGGGACGUUUGUGUUGUUGAGUCACAUGAUGACAUCAUCAGACUGUACAGAGCGCCGGGUGGAGGGGACGUUUGAUUUGAUCACCUGAUGAAGAGCCGGGAUCAGAGUGUGUGUGUGUGUGUGUGUGUAACUUAUGUUCAGGUGGUUCUUCUGUGACUGAAGUAACACUUUGUUCACCGCAAUAGUUGUACAUUUCUGCUGCGAUGGUUCAUCUCAUGAGUCUGACAUGGUUUCCUUCACACUGUGGCCCCGCCCCCUCUCCAUCAUUUAACCAGCGUUCAGAAUCAGUGGAGGAAAAAAAACAAAAGACAAUCUGCAGCCAAUCAUUGCCUUUUUACAACAUAGAAGAACUGUCUUUAGAUGUUCAAAGAUGAUUCCAAACUAAAAAAAAAAGAUGAUCGAAGACGUUGACGACAAAGUUUGUGAUAUUUUGUCUCCGCCUCUAAAUCUCAUGAUGUGUGGGAGGGGUUUGUACUUGUGACUAAAAGCUGAGCAGAGACAAAAGAAGAUGGCCUCACUUAAUCCAUUCAUCUGCUGCAUCAUUUUAGUAAAAAAAAAAAAAAAAUGAACAUAGAGAAAUAGAAGAGGUGACACAGGAGGGAUGUAAAGGUCAUAUUCUCAGAGCGCCACCAACAUGUCAACAGUGUUAAAUAGCGUGCAGCUCAAUCAUUUUUGUCCAUUCAGUAUUGAACGGAUAUUUUAAUGAGUCAGUGAAACCUUCUCAUCACGCCACCUCUAACUGUGUCGCUGCGGCAUUCAGAGCCUGACGCAUCCUGUGAGUGUUUCCCAUGAUGCUUCAGUCACAGACGUGUGAAUAGGACGCCGUGUCAGACGCUCUUUCAGGGCUGUGAAUGUGUUUGAAUGAACAGGACGUGAGCUGUCUCUCCUCUCAGAAACAUGAAGAGCUUCUUUACGCUCUCUCGUUAAAAUGACUUUAAUUUAACUUCAGGAUUUAUUGUAACGCCAUGAAAGGGUUAAUCUGCAGAAUAUUUAUUUCCUGCUGUGAAGCGAAUCGUUUUUUUCUUAAUAAACUUCGAGUCUGACUCCU